UGGGGAAUAAAAUGGCGCUGAGAUUUUCAUUAUCCGUAGUUGGAGCAUUGCUGAAGAAAUGGUGGCCUCACUUUACGGUUGCACUUGCACAUGCUCGUUGCUUCUUCACCAGUCUAUCUCCCCAUCCCCAAAAUUUCCUAUUGUUUCAGGUAAUUGCUAUAAUGCAAGAAAAUCAAUUUCAACAACUUCAGCAUAUAAUGCCCUAAAUAAAAUAGAACCAAGAAUCAUUAGUGUGAGAGCUGGUAAAGUGAAUAUGGUUGAUGCUGAUCUUGAAGAAGGGGAAGAACUGUAUCUUGGAAUGGAUUUUGGCACGUCUGGUGCUCGGUAUGCUCUGAUCAACGAGGAAGGCAUGAUACGUGCUGAGGGGAAGAGAGAGUACCCCCUGUAUAUGAGUGAGGAAACAGUAGAUUGGGUCAAAUCAUGGAGAACAACACUUUUCAGUCUCUUGGAAGAUAUCCCAGUUAGCCUUCGCCCCUCCGUUGCUUCCAUUUCCAUUGAUGGCACUUCAGCAACAACGAUGAUUGUUGAUAGCAAAACAGGCGAAUCAUUGUGUAGACCUUUCCUCUACAAUCAAAGUUGUCCAGAAGCUUUGCCGACUGUGAAGGCGAUUGCUCCUGCUAACCACACUGUUUGCUCUGGUUCUUCCACGUUGUGCAAGCUCGUCUCAUGGUGGAGUUCUCGUGAGACGCCUCAAACUUCAGCAGUGUUGUUGCAUCAAGCAGACUGGUUGUUGUGGCUUCUCCAUGGAAAGAUUGGAGUAUCUGAUUACAACAAUGCUUUGAAAGUCGGUUAUGAUCCUGAAGUCGAGUCAUACCCUCUGUGGUUGCUCUCUCAGCCAUAUGCUAGUGUUCUGCCUCUUGUACAGGCACCCGGAACCACAAUUGGCUCUAUGAAAGAGAACAUCAGAACAAGUUAUGGUUUCCGAAAGGAUUGUGUUAUCUGCACAGGGACGACUGAUAGUAUUGCAGCCUUCCUUGCAGCACGCGCUGAUCAACCUGGAAAAGCUGUCACAUCUUUGGGUUCAACUCUCGCAAUCAAACUACUAAGCACUACGCGUGUGGAAGAUGCGCGUUUUGGUGUGUAUAGCCAUAGGCUUGACGAUAAAUGGCUCGUUGGAGGAGCUUCAAACACAGGAGGAGCUGUUCUCAGGCAAAUUUUCACAGAUGAUCAGCUGCAAGAACUAAGCAAGAAGAUAAAUCCUGCAGAAGCCUCUCCUUUCGACUAUUAUCCCCUCGUAGAUAUUGGGGAGAGGUUUCCUACUGCUGACCCGAAUAUGGAACCGAGGUUGCAUCCUCGCCCAGAAAAUGAUGUCGACUACCUACAUGGGAUUCUAGAGUCCAUUGCUCGCAUUGAGGCAAAGGGUUACAGCUUGUUGAAGGAACUGGGAGCUACCCCUGUUGAUGAAGUCUUCACUGCAGGCGGGGGUUCGAGAAAUGAGAAAUGGAUCGCAAUCCGAGAGCGCGUUCUGGGUCUUCCCGUGGGCAGGGCGCUGCAGACGGAGGCUGCUUACGGAGCUGCAUUGCUAGCCAUGAAGGGUGCUGCACAACUAUAGCCAGAUGGCUCGGAGGGGGAGAUUGUUGGAGGCUUGGAGCCGAUGAGCUUGAUGGCUAGUAGCAAAAUAGUACAAGUUUAGUAUUUCGAUUGGAAUAAUUUUUUUGGAAUGCAUUGGUCGAGAUACGUAUAUAUAUGACCUUGAAUGCCAUUAAAUAGGAGAUUGAUGUAUACAGUUUUUUUUUUUCUUUCUACAAUUUAAGGAAUUUUAAUCAAGAAGAGAUCUUUAUGAGUUGUACUAAAUAAUCAUUUCCUAUGUAGCCCGUCGAAUUUUAGCAGAGAA